AUGUCGGUCAAGGCGUCAUUGGAUACGGCUAAUCGUCCCGAUGAGUGGAUGAUCGAGCAGGGGAUGGCUGCUCACAAAUUGCCAAUUCUUGAUCAGAAUAUGUCGAAUGGGAAGAAUUUCCCGAGAAAAAAAGCCAGCGCCCGCAAGCUCCUCGCCUCUCAAAGCUUCCCUGACAGUCCAGACUUCAUGUUCGGUCCUAUCCCCGAGACAAACCCCGUUCUAACCGGAGAUGAUUUCGUGGCCUGGCAUGAAGCAAUUGGCGGGGAGUUGACGCCUGUUCCUGAAGACUCAUGGCGAACCGUGUUAUUGGAGAAGCAUCCAGACAUGUUGCAUCUUCUGAAAUUCCCUUACAAUGGCGAACCUCCCAAACGACUGGUUACUUCCAAAGCCAUCACGCCCAAUCCCCUGCACUUCGUCAGAAAUCAUGGCGGCAUCCCGAUAAUUGACAAGGACAAGUGGGACCUCUCGCUUGAUGGGCUGGUGCAAACGCCGAAACGAUUUUCCCUAAACGACUUAAUGGAUGAGAGUCGCUUUCCUCGUAUCGAAAAGACCGUGACGAUGCAGUGCUCGGGAACUCGCCGUAUCGAGCAGAUCGGGCUUUACGGUGGCCAGGGCGACGAAGUGCCCCAGGCACCCUGGGCCGAAGGUGCAAUCGGUACGGCGCGGUAUGUGGGCAUCAGCUUGAAGAAGGUCAUCAAAGAAUGCGGGGGACUUAUCGAUUCUGCGAAGCAUAUUGAGCUCUACGGAGCCGAGACAUAUGUGAAGGAUCUAGAAGUUGGAAACUACGUUGUCAGCGUGCCUUGGUCAAAAGUCAAAGCGAACGAAGUCCUUCUAGUCUGGGAAAUGAAUGGCGAGCCACUCCCCAAGAUCCACGGAUAUCCUCUGCGGGUAGUUGUUUUGGGAUAUAUUGGUGCCCGCAGUGUCAAAUGGCUAUAUCGUAUUAAAGCCAUCAAAGAUGCAUCUCGUGCUCCGGUCCAGAGCAAAGAGUAUCUUUACUUCAACCAGCAACUGGGCAAAUACAACCUCCGCCCGACGGACGGUAUCCAGAUCCAGGAGAUGCCGGUCAGUUCGGCGAUCAUGUCCCCUUGGACAAAGCAAGCGGUCAUCCACGUCGGAAAAAUUCGCUGCAAGGGCUGGGCAUAUUCCGGCGGGGGUCGAUGGCCCGAACGAAACAUGUCCAAGAAAGGACGUUGGACCUGGCGAACGUGGGAGAUGGACCUUCCAUGCGACGUGGAAGGCUGGAUAGAGAUCGUUUGUCGGUGCUGGGAUAAUUCAUUGAAUACGCAGCCGCUGAAUAUCCGUGCUGCAUGGAACUGGGGGCUCCAUGUUACUUCUUCCGCUCAUCGAAUUAAGGUCUACAGUAUCAAUAAGAGUCGGGAAAUCACGAGGAAACGACUGGACAAGUAUGAUCAAAUGGGUGUGCCUUUGGCUCCGCUGACCCGCUACGAAGUUAUGCCUGUCCAGAGUUCCGAUGAGUAUGAAGUUUUCUGGAAUACACAUGAUCCACGGGAUGUGGAAGACUGA